CACACACACACACACACACACACACACACACACACACACACACACACACACACACACACACACACACACACACACACACACACACACUCACUCAUCUGUUAUUGCUGAUAUGUAAACCAUUGCUGGAGUGAAUGUAGAAAGUUAAACGUAGAAAGAAUGACAGACCAGAGCAUGUGAUACAGACAAAAGUGGAACCAAUUGAGCUUGUCUAUCAUCUACCUGCCACUGUAUUUCAAGUGGGACUGGACACCAUCCAGUAGCUAAAGGAAAUAACCAGCCCUACUUUCCACACCGUUACCAGUAAAUAGAUCACACGCCUAACGCUAACUUCGAUUUCCUCCUCAUUCUCUACUGAUUAACAGUGUGUAGGAUUAUCACUCUCUGAAAGUUAUGACAGAUGGCUAAAAUGUUACAAAUGGCUAUCACUACGCUACGGCCAGCUAACAUGCUAUAGAUGACUUACAUGCUGCAGUUACACAUGCUAUGCAUAGCUAACAUGCUAAAGAGCUGUGAACCCGUGCUGCAGCCCAUGAAUGCUGUGGUGGAAACCUCUUUAGACUCUGUGCUUGCAUUGACUUUCCUCAUCUUGUGUCCCUUUUGCGAUGACUUCUAACAAUUGACCAAAGUGUCUGAAUGCUCAAAGGUCGAUGACACGUGGAAGGGUUUGCGCGAUAACAUGAAUGCUAUAGGUUAUAUGACCCUCUGAGUAGAGAGUAUCUUGCGCAAUUGCUCAGACGAGGCUACUGAAGGCUGUGUCGGGUGUGCUCAUCCAGUUUAAUGAAAUCAACCACACUGCUUUGCUGUAACAAGACGUUUCAAGACGUUUCAACUCUCGGUUUGCUUAUUCUCCUUAACUGCCGGCCCGCCUCCAGGAAGCAGCUUCGGUAGAGCGGGUAUUUGGAAUGGAAACGAAGCGAUGCUUCCAUCAAUCCCUGAAGCCAAUUCAUUCGUAUCCGGUUGCUGAUCGCGUGGCCACCUUGUUGGAGUCACGGGGAAGAGUCGACCGCAACACCUGAUAUCUGUUCGUAUGGAAACGGAUAUUCACAUAGGCAGGAGCACUGCUGAAAAGUGUAAAGGAGGGAAUCCUGCUGAAACAGACCAGUUCCUUCCAAAGGUGGAAGCGAAGAUACUUCAAGCUGCGGGGACGGACUCUGUACUAUGCCAAAGACUCCAAGUCGCUGAUCUUCGACGAGGUGGAUCUGUCGGAUGCUAGCGUGGCGGAGACAAGCACCAAGAACAUCAACAACAGCUUUACGGUGAUCACUCCUUUCCGGAAGCUUCUUCUGUGUGCGGAGAGUCGGAAGGAGAUGGAGGACUGGAUCACCGCCCUCCGCUCCGUCCAGAAGUGGGAGACGUACGAGGCCAGUCAGUUCAACAUGGAGCAUUUCUCCGGGAUGCACAACUGGUACGCCUGCUCUCACGCCCGCCCCACCUUCUGCAACGUGUGCAGAGAGGCUCUGCCGGGGGUCACCUCACACGGCCUCUCCUGCGAAGUGUGUAAGUUCAAGGCCCACAAGCGCUGUGCAGUGCGCUCCACCAGCAACUGCAAAUGGACCACGCUGGCCUCCAUAGGGAAUGACAUCAUCGAGGACGAGGAAGGGGUGCCCAUGCCCCACCAGUGGCUGGAGGGUAACCUCCCGGUCAGCGCCCGCUGUGUGGUGUGUGACCGCAACUGUGGCAGCGUGCGCCGCCUGCAGGACUGGAGGUGUCUCUGGUGCAAGACCAUCGUACACAACAGUUGUAAGGACCAGAUGGGGAAGGUGUGUCCCCUGGGUCAGUGUCGGGUCUCCAUCAUCCCCCCAACGACCCUCAACAGCAUCGACUCAGACGGCUUCUGGAAGGCCAACUCGGCCUGGUGCUCCAGCCCGCUGCUAGUCCUGGUCAACUCUAAGAGCGGGGACAACCAGGGAGUCAAGUUCCUACGCAAGUUCAAACAGCUGCUGAACCCCGCCCAGGUGUUCGACCUCAUGAACGGAGGGCCGCAGCUGGGGCUGCGUCUCUUCCAGAAGUUCGUGACGUUCCGUAUCCUCGUGUGCGGGGGGGACGGCAGCGUGGGCUGGGUGCUCUCUGAGCUCGACAAGCUCAACCUCCACAAACAGUGCCAGUUGGGGGUCCUCCCCCUGGGUACGGGUAACGACCUGGCCCGGGUGCUGGGCUGGGGGGCUCUGUGUGACGACGACGCCCAACUGCUGCAGAUCCUUGAGAAGCUGGAGAGAGCCACCACCAAGAUGCUGGACCGGUGGAGCGUGUUAACCUACGAGGUUCCUGGUAAGACCUCCCCCGGGGGGAAGGAUGAAGAUAGCCCAGAGUUCCCUCUACAGGUUCACAUUACUCAGUAUGCUGACUCGGUCGCAUCCCACCUGACUAAGAUCCUGGACUCGGACAAACACACUGAUGUCAUAUCCUCUGCCAAGUUUCUGUGUGGGACGGUGAAUGAGUUUGUGGUGGAGGUGGGGAAGGCGUACGAGAGAGCCACGGAGAACAAAGCGGAGGCAGACGUCAUGGCCAAGAAGUGUGCUCUGCUGAAUGAGAAGCUGGACUCUCUGGUGAAGGCUCUGAGCGAGGAGGCUGAAGCCCAGGUGGUGCCAGCGGGUGCGGUGCCCAUCCUGGAGGGCGGCGGUGGAGGCAGCGGAGGGGGCGUGGGCGGAGGCAGCAGCCCCAGCGAUGAGAGCGCCGACGGGGGUAUGGAGGGGAAGACGUACCGGUCCAAAGAGCAGCUGAUGCUGCGGGCCAACAGCCUGAAGAAGGCCCUGCGGCAGAUCAUCGAGCAGGCCGAGAAAGUGGUGGAUGAGCAGAACAAGCACACCAAGCUGCAGAAACAGUCUACCUCCAUGAAGAGAGAGAACAGUGAACAGGAUUUGAAGGACUCUGAGCUGCGUCAGGGGGGGCUGAGCCCCUCCUCCACCAUCCUUCUGGAGAAGCCCGAAAGUAUCAACACAGUCAGCUUCUUCAACGACGACGCUGUCCAGUGUUCAGAGAAGUGUGUGAUGAACAACUACUUUGGGAUCGGGCUGGAUGCUAAGAUCUCCCUGGAGUUCAACAACAAGAGGGACGAACACCCCAAGAAAUGCAGUAGUCGCACUAAGAACAUGAUGUGGUACGGAGUGCUGGGGACGAAGGAGCUGGUCCAGAAAACCUACAAGAACCUGGAGCAGAGGGUCCAACUAGAGUGUGACGGGGUGUCCAUGUCCCUCCCCAGUCUCCAGGGUCUGGCCGUGCUCAACAUCCCCAGCUACGCGGGGGGCAUCAACUUCUGGGGGGGCACCAAGGAGGACAACAACUUUGGCGCUCCGUCGUUCGACGACAAGAAGCUGGAGGUGGUGGCCGUGUUCGGCAGCAUGCAGAUGGCCGUGUCCCGCGUCAUCAACCUGCAGCACCACCGCAUAGCACAGUGUCGGCAGGUGAAGAUCACCAUCCUGGGGGACGAGGGGGUCCCGGUGCAGGUGGACGGGGAGGCCUGGGUCCAGCCCCCCGGCAUCGUCAAGAUCAUCCACAAGAACCGCGCCCAGAUGCUGACACGGGACCGGGCUUUCGAGGGCGCGCUGAAGUCGUGGGAGGACAAGAGGAAGAUUGACCGGCCGGUUAGGCCCCGCCUUAACUCCCAGCAGUCCAUGGAGUACCUGACCGAGGAGGAGUGUGCUCAGGUGCAGCAGCUGGGCAACGUGGCCGACACCCUCAUCAUCAAGAUCCGCGAGGCAGCUAAGAGCCAUAAGCUAGUGGAGCAGGAGCUAGCGCAUGCCGUCAACGCUACGGCCCUGGUGCUCAGCGAGGCCUUCCCCUCCAAGCCCUCCAGCCCCGAGGGUCUGACCCGCAGCACAGCGGUGGAAAUAGUCAACAGCAGCAAGGUGCUGAAGGCAGAGACCAGAAUGCUACUGGACGGAAAACUACUGGUGGACUCCCCCGAGGAGGUGGAGCUCCAGACCACGCUGAACAGCCUGAGCACGGAGCUCCACAAGCUGGACGACAUCCACUGGAUCUGCCCCCUCAUGCAGUGCUCCGAGGAGGACUCUGUGCGAGGCAGCAGUAAGAGCAGCAGUAUGAAGCUCAAGAUCCUGCCCAAAGUGAAGAAGGACAGAGAGAAGCUCCACAAGCAGAAGUCCAACAGCUCGCUCUCGGGUGUUUGGGACUCCAAAGCAGGCGAGGCCGACUCUUAGCGAGGCGUUAACGAGCGCUUUAGAGGUACCUCCUGUUGCCGUGACGACUGCCCGCUGGGAGGGGCCCCUGAAGGUCAUCCUGCACAUGGGACGGACGCUGUUAGGGGAGUCCCAUGAUCCACGAGUCUGGCUCCUCUUCCUCCUCUUUUAGCCGACGCAAACCGGCCGGCAACCAGGAAAGAGCCUUUUUGAUUCGAUUUGAUUUGAUGAGGCACAUUGCAUCAUCACUGCUGGCUUUCUGUCAUUGGUCGUGUUUACCCUGCUUGGCCACGCCCCCUCUCUUUUGAAAACGGGGGUAUGGCUAAAAAAAUUGUUGAACAGCCUUUUGGACAUUUUUUCCCGCUCUUUUUGUUGAAUCGUUUUAAGACAAUUUAUUUAAAUGAAUGUUCUCGUCACCGUAGGAACCACUGAAAAUGACAAUUAAACAACAGUACGAAACGGAAAAAAGGAAGAACUUUAUUGAUAUCGUCACCCAGAGCUGGAGAAUAUCGUAAAUGUUGCAAAAAAAUAUAUGUUAUAUCGAGGAAUGUAUUCAUGUGGACUCGUAUUUAAUUUGUGAAAAAUGAUAAUGAAAAUGUUUGACAGAAGUUCCUACUGUGUGUGGUUUUGACGCGGCCCGCUACUGGCCGCUGUGUGACUCUCGUGGGCCAAAGCUAUACAGCUACGCUGCAAAAAAAUACAAACUCUCGCUGUAAAGUACUAGUAUCCAGCCUUAACAUAGGAUUUACCAUUAUUCACUUAACUCAGUGUAAACCUUCUUUGUUAUCGCAUCAAUACAACAUUUAUCAGUUUGCGUCACACUUCGGAAAAAUACAAAAUUCGUAACCACGUUUGUGGUUUUACGAACUGGAAGACAACACUGGAUUUAUAUGACACUGGAGAAAGUGGACGUUCUGCUACGUGAAAACAGAUGAAGAAGCCUCAAAGACGAAACAUAUCGACUUAUUUUAACUUCUUUUAACUUUUUCUUUAAACUUGCUCAUGGUUGUCUUAAUUAACAUAUUGUAUGAUUAUGAUAUGACGCGUGAUUGGAUCUUCUAUUGCACUGCCUCUGAGGUAUAAACUCGCCCAUCUUUAGACUCUCUUAUGCAAAAACAUCAGCCAUCAAUCUCUCCUGCCAAUAGCGCCGCUGGUAAUCAAUAGCUGGGUAAUCAAUCUGUCUCGUUGUCGCUUUUUGCCGCCUUUCUUUUUACUUGGAAUCCCUGCAUGCAACCGUCGUACUUGACCAAAGUUACCUCGUCUGCGAUUUAGGCCUUGCUGGUUUCGAAAUCUUUUCAUGGACAUCUUAAAUGAUUUAGUAAUUCUGUUUGUUUUCUACUACUAAGUGCCAGAGGGGUGGGGACCAGCACCCAGGGGAGUUAUAUAUUUUGACAUGACGUGACGUGAAAAUAUAAUGUUACUUCAUGCUAUAGGCUCUUCCUACAUGCCCCCCUUCCCAUAUUUAAAACUCUGCAUUUUAGGACCAUAAACUAUUAAUAAGAUAAUAUAUGGAAUAGAAUUUUAAUUUAAAAAAGUUAUAUUUAACUGGUUAACCUGUUAGAAGUAGGAUUUGGAAUUGUUUGAAACUCCUGUACUGUUUUAAUUUUUUUUAGAAAGUAAAAGUUUAAGAAAUUGAUUUUUUCCUAUCUAGCUUCUUUCAAUUACUAGUUUUGUAAAUUUGGGUUGGUGUGCGUAAAAAAGAAAUAGCGUAAAUGUACUUUAGUUUUUAAACAAACUAUAUUCCAACUGAUUUGCUGAUCUGUGAUUAGUGGGUAGCUGCGCUAGCUGAGCAGGGAUUCAGAUUUCCUGCAGUGGUUCUACAUGUUAAACACCAUGCCGAUAAUGAUAUUGGUCUUCUCUUCAGGCAACUGAAAAUAAUGAAAACCACUUUGAUCUUUCUGAUCUUCACAUUAAACUCCACCUCUCUGGCACACAACAGCACCUAUAUUAGGAGAUAAGGUUUGCUUUGCUAAUUUUAACUACUAACUUUAUGGAUUGCACAAGAACAUUCUUAGUCAUUUCAUUGCAUUGAUAUAAGGAAAAAUAAGGACGAAAUGUAUUGUAAAACAUGCAGUAGUAAAUGUGAGAUAGUUCAAUACUAUUUGGAUGAUGAACCCGGGAUUGCAGUUCAACGUUUAAGAUGUUCUGGCUAAGUCGUCAUGGAUACCGUAUCCAUAGCAACUUUACACCUUUGUAUUUCGAGAUUAGUGCCAAGUUUAGACAGUGUCCAGUUGAGGUGUGUAUGUGCGUGUGCGUGUGCGUGUGUGUGUGUGAGGGAACUGUAUAUUUAAACGUUUACUGUGUCUGCUUUGCACUUUACGAAGAAGCAAACUUGAGGGAUGAAACUAAAAAGGAUUUGUGUUUUUUUCAUUCAGAUUUAAGGAUUACAAAAACAAUUUAAUCUAUUUAUGAUAAAUGUGCUGAUAAAAAAAGAAUGUGUGUGUAUAUAUAUAUAUAUAUAUAUAUAUAUAUAUAUAUAUAUAUGAAUGAAUGAAUGAGAGAGAGAUGUAUAAAUAUUUAGGAAUAUAUUAAUUUAAUCAGAGGCUGUACACCCAUUUCCUUUUUUAUAACUUAUCUUCAAGCUUAAAAUAUCCCAUUUUACUCCAGUGAGUAUAUUUAUAUUUUACUCCUAUAUAAUUCUAACCUACAAUCCAUAACUGUUGCACAGAACCAACUUCUGUCUAUCACUGUAAACAUGAUUUCAAAUAGCCAUUGCUACUGUUUUUGUUUAUAAAUGACGUCUUAAAUCAUCUUACAGGGGUAUUAGUAUUGUUUUACAAACCAUAUUGGCAUAAACAUAUGACAAUGUCCUACUUCUUUUGUUACUGAAAUUUUGUUAGCAAUGUUAUCAAGUAAACUAACACCAUUUAACGGUUGCAUCUCGUUUAAAUGAAUGGUUUAACAUAUUUAAAGGACCAAACUAUACACAACUGGGCAACCAAAAACCGAAUUAAUUGUCUUUACUUACGGCUAUCAUAAAUAACUCGGAAAUAGAGGCUAUAGUCGGUGUGUUGUCAAGUAGUCAAAGCAACACGCCGUAGCAUUAGCAACAAGUUACCCAAAAUGCAUAGCAAGACUGGAAACCUUUAAAUCCAAUAUCUCAUUAUCUUCAAAAUAUUAUUAUCUACCGAAUCGGCAAAAUCACGGCAUACAUUUACGGAUUGUAGGUUUGAAUGUCAAACAUCUUAACUUGCUGCUGUUGAAAUACCAUUUCAGCAUUAACACGGUUUUAUUGUAACUCUUGUAUUCAGGUGAGCCAUAUAAUAAUUUCGAUACUUUUUGUAUUUUCAGAGCUUUACCAAUAUUGUCACGCUACUUUGCGUAAAAAACAUUAGUUUCCUAAGAUAAGAAAUGGGCAGCCUGUCCUACUGUACAAUUUUGGUUAUUGUCAAUAACUAUGACUGAUAUUUCAUGAAUGUACCUGCAUAGGUUUAUUGCACAUCUUCAAGUAAACUUUAGAAACAAAGAUCAUCUUAAAAGCUUCUUAAAAUCAGAUGUGGGAUUAUUUUAAACCACUUGUAUUUGUUUGUUUGGCUACUGUUAGCUUCAGCUUAAUCCAUUGUGAUCCUUACUCCAAAUCACAGAAAACUCUUGAAUGUAAAAAGUUUAGGCCUUUAAUUCAGUUUAUUUCCUUUUAUCAAACUUAUGUACAUUUUAUUUCUCCAUGUUCAUAAUUUUUGCUAUUAAGAUAUUUUCUGUAUUUAUUAUUGCCGUUUUGUUUACUAAAAACCAAAUUCUCCAAAAUGUGUGGAGGAAAAUAUAAAUAUUUUAAAAAAAAAGCGGAGCGAAAAAUCAAACUAAUAAACAAACAAACAAACAGCCCCUGGGCCAGUGGAAGUUUGACGAUACGUUUGUGCAACAUUAUUCCAUUCACAAACACCUGUGGACUGUAGGGUUGUUAAACGCCCCCCGUCUAUCUGAACAGCUGAUAUAUAGCGCUGUGUUAAUUGGAGAACGUGUUGACCAGUACUAGGGGGAAGGAAAAGUUGAUGUUGCACGACUCUGUACGUUGCCAGGUGUUAUAUCGUGUUAUUGUGUGCAGUGUGUAACAAAGACAAAGUCAACAAUUAAAGAUUAAAUGAAGUA